AUGUCCAAACCCACCGAGUCCCUCACCGAGUACCGGACCAAUCCCCGGAAAAUCCAAGAAUCGGAUCAAGAUGCGAUAUACCAAGCCUACGUCACUCAGAGCCCGGAAGUGCACAGGAAGAUGACCAGGCAGCUGCUCAGAAAGAUGGAUGUUUAUCUGCUUCCGUUUGUGGUCGUUAUGUAUUUGUUGAACUUUUUGGAUCGGAAGAACUUGUCCUGA